AUGACUCAAACUACUUCCCACCGUCGUUCCCCUUCCUCUCCUCAUGCCUCCAAGCCCAAGUCACGUCCUGUGAUACAUCGGCGAGGUACUUCCGGCGCGAGCCUGUCCAUCUCCAAGCUGGGCUCUGGUCACUCUCGGGGCGUGAGCAGGAACAGGGACGACGAAGCCGACUUUGAUAUGGCUGCCAGUUUCCUCAAUUUUUGUGCAAUGUGCGAAAGACAAAUCACCGUCCCUAGCAACACCGUCCUGUACUGCAGUGAAAGUUGCCGUCGUAAAGACUCCUGCAAACCACUUUCUGCUUCCAUGCCCUCCAUGACCAACAUGUCUUCAAUCAACUCCACAACACCUCCCACAUCCCCCCCUCUCUCCCCACGAACUAUCGUGCCACCCAUGACUCCAACCCGGUUUCCAUCCAACCCAAUCCCCACCAUCAGGAUACCCUCCGAGACCCACGAAGCCAGAUCAGAUCUCGACCCCACCGAAUGGAAGCCCGUAAUACUCGGUGGCGCGGGCACCUCGCUCGCCUCUUCCGACGCCUGGAACUACCUCUCUCGGUUCCACGGCGGCAACGAGACGAUGCUUGCUCGGCGCUCUCACCGCAGCACCACCAGCCUGCCCGGUCUGGUCGGCGGCACCAACGCUCCGUCUCUGACAAACACGCCCUCCGUGGCUUCGUCUUACUCCAGCACUGCCUCCGACUAUCUCGGUAGCAUGUACGAGAAAACCCAGCGGCCCCUUCCCCCGCGACACAACCCCUACUUCUCGUCCAGCGCUGCGAUCAAGGGCGUCGAGCUGGUUGUUCCGCAAUACGCGUCCAACACCGACGUGGUUGCCGUUGAGAUGGCCGACUCGGGCUCCAUCUUCCCGGCCAGCAGUGCUGUUUGGGGCGAUAGUUGUGAGAAGUCGGCACCCAUUGUCAUUGGGUCUGUGCAGGCACGGGCCCAGGAAGCCUGA